AUGGUCCAAGCCAAAGUCCCCAAAGCCGCACCAGGCAAUUACAAUUCCAUAGCAGCGCAAUACGCGCGCGCGAAAGCUAUAAAAGACGCGGAGGAGGUGGCGAAGCUAGCAAAGAAAGCGCCAAAGGAGAAGACGCCUGCAGAUGAUCUGGAUGAGUGGAAGAAGGGACGGUUUGUGAGGGAGUGGUGGUGGGUUGCGGGGGCUUUUAUGUGGUUCCUAUUCAUACAUGGCAGUGGUCUCUACUUCUUCACGCGGGGCUUCCUCCUCACCCGCCUCGUGCUCGAGGAAAAGUCCUCUUGUUCCGAACCCCCAAUCGCACUCUCCUCCUCCUUCAAAGGUGCAGGCACUAUCGAAGGCGGCUGCUGGCAUCCUAAGACCUUUGAUAAAGCAGUGGUGGUGAUCAUCGAUGCGCUGCGCUAUGAUUUCACUAUCCCCUCCAACGAUACGGAAGCUUUCCAUAACGCUUUACCAUUCCUAUACGAGACGGCUAUCUCGCAGCCUCAAAAUGCCUUCUUGCUUCCAUUUAUCGCGGAUCCGCCUACUACAACUUUGCAGAGACUGAAGGGCUUGACUACUGGCACUUUGCCUACAUUCAUUGAUGCUGGAUCCAACUUCGCAGGUACAGCGAUUGAGGAGGACAAUCUGCUUAUGCAGAUGAAAGAUGUAGGCAAGAGGAUUGUACAUCUGGGAGACGAUACGUGGACAGCUCUCUUCCCGGGGUAUUUCGAAGCGAAUAUAAGCCGCGCAUAUGACAGUCUCAAUGUAUAUGAUCUACACACCCUUGAUAACGGCGUGGUGGAACAUAUUAUGCCCCUACUAUCUCCAGAGAGAAAAGGCGAGUGGGAUGUAAUGUUUGCGCAUUUCCUAGGGGUGGAUCAUGCAGGGCAUCGUUAUGGGCCUAAUCACCCUGCUAUGACGACCAAGCUGCAGCAGAUGGAUGGCGUCUUGAGAGAUUUGGUGGCUACACUAGAUGAUAACACCCUGCUCGCUGUGAUGGGUGAUCAUGGGAUGGAUGGGAAGGGAGAUCAUGGUGGAGAGAGCGAUGAUGAGAUUCAGGCCGCGUUGUGGAUGUACUCGAAAAGAGGCAUCUUUGGACGUACAGACCCUGCAUAUAUCACUCCUCCUGCUACAGCGAAGAUCAGGCCUGUGAACCAGAUCGAUCUGGUUCCUACCCUGGCUUUACUGCUUGGACUACCCAUUCCGUUCAAUAAUUUGGGGAAGCCAAUCGAGGAGGCUUUUGCGGGGAAGAAGGGAAAUGUGUGGGGAAACCUUGCGGCUAUUGCAAGGAUGACUGCUGCAGGUAUCAAGAGAUAUCAGGCUGCUUACUAUGUUGCUCGUGGUCUAGAUGAGAGCACCAUUGAAGGUUCGCCUCACGCACUCUGGGCUACAGCUGAGAAAGCCGUUGCUGGAAAUGGGAAAGACAAGAUGUGGAAAGAAGGAUAUGCUGCAUUCUCUGCCUUUCAAGAAGAGACAUUGAGAAUAUGCCGAGAAUUGUGGGCUCGUUUUGACGUCCCGAAAAUGAUGUUGGGAGUUGGUAUUUUAGCAGCGAGUGUCGUUGCUUUGGUCCUUUUCGCAAAUUGGAAUGCAGAAGAUGAAGCAGCUGUUGAUGAUCCAGAGUUGGAUAUAGCGGAGAGCAAACUGGAACUCGAGAGUUUCUCCAAGGGCACUCUCACAUCGGAGGAUGAAACCUCAGCGAAGUCUUUCAUCCGAGGAGCGUUGAUCGGUAUGAUGCUUGGGGCUGCUUCCUCGCCUACUAUUUGGAUCGCCAGUGGAGGAGCAGACACAUUCGUCGAUUUCGGUCUCGCAGUUGGAUCAAUCUCUGGAAUCGUAGGUGUUUUCUACCAGGAGCUGAGACGGAGGAUGGAGUUCAGCAACCCCUUUCCCAGAACAUUAUGGGGCUGGCUCGCUGUUAUUUUCACAAUCACCCAAUCUAUUGGAUUUGCCUCGAAUUCAUAUACCAUCUGGGAAGACUCUAUCUUACUAUUCUUCAUUUCGACAUUUGGAGUAGCUACAGCGACAUCUUCAUUACGACUGGAAAAGAAUUCCGAGAGAGCAUUGGGAGUCUACCACUCGUUGUGUUUCAUUGCUCUGGGAUGGAUAGCCUCGUUCUCUAAACUCUGUCGAGAAGAGCAAAUGCCAUAUUGCCGCUCAACAUACUAUGCUUCAGCAACAUCCUCAACCUCGGCUCCAUGGCAGCUUCUCAUCCCUUUUCUACUAGCAGCCCUCUUGCCAUCUAUCAUCAAGUCCUACUACGCGAGCAGCCGAUCAUACGAGGGCUUCGCACCCGUCUGGAUCGGAUGGGCAUUCCGCUCCGGCCUCGUCCUCAGCGCCGUCUUCUGGACUCUCGACGCAGCCGACGAUGGCGAGUGGCUCCCAACCCUACCUACAGGACUCCUGAAAAACAUCCGCAUCCCCAUCGCCCAAACCGUUUUCGCAGUAUCAAUCGUAGUAGGCACCAUAGCAUUCAACUACGCCCCGCCCUGCAUCUCAGUCCGCACAUCCGCAACCCAAGCCCCAACGGCAAAAGUAACCAGCCCUAACGCAACCGUAACUAUCCUCGGCUUCGCAAACACCCACGGCACCCGUUACUUCCUCCUCCUAACCAACAUCCUCCUCGCCGUGCUCAUGGUACAGAAACCCAUGGGUGCCGGCGCCAUCGCACUCAUGGCCUGGCAAAUCCUCUCUCUGCUCGAAAUCAUUGAUCUCAACUCCCUUGCCUCGUCGCCUAUUGGCCCUGUAAUCCUAGCACUACUAGGUUCCUUCCACUUCUUCAAAACAGGCCACCAGACUACGCUCUCAAGCAUUCAAUGGGAAUCAGCAUUCAUUCCUCUACAUACCAUCCGCUACCCCUACUCCCCCUUGCUCGUGGCGCUCAAUUCCUUCGGCGCGCAGAUCCUAGCCGCGGCCGCAGUGCCGCUCAUCGUGCUGUGGAAGCAAAAGCCUAAGAAGAAAGGCAUUCUCCGCAGUGUGAUCAGUGCACUGGCGUGGCAUAUUGCUUACUACGCGGUCAUCAGUCUCGCGACGACUAUGUGGGCGGGACAUCUGCGGAGGCAUUUGAUGCUGUAUCGGAUUUUCUGCCCCAAGUUCAUGACAGCUGCUGUGGUGAUGCUUGUUGUGGAUGUAGUGGGGAUAGUGGUGGCGCUUGUGGGGGUUCGGUGUAAUAGUAUGGCUAUAGGAGAGGUUUUCGGCUGGGGGUGA